AUGGACCUGGACGCAUUAGCUCCUCGAGAUGAUACCAGUUGCUCAGGAUCGAAGCAGUGGUAUGUCUGCUCAGCUGGAAAUUUUCGCGGCUGCUGUGCGAGUGAUCCUUGCACUUCGGGAAUCUGUUUCGACGAUAAUGUGAGCCUGUUGCACUUGACGAGUGCAGCGAGUUCUGCAUCGUCUACGACCUCGAGCUCAAGUACGAGCACGAUUAUGAAGACAAGCACGGUCACGAUCCCAACCGCAAGCUCUACUACAUCUUCUACCACAGUCUCGAAUACUUCUGCUUCAACAACGACGUCAGUGUCUUCAGAGACUUCCUCCGCAGCGGCUAAUAGCACGGAACAUUCGAGUUCAACCACGACUACCACAGCUACAGGCGGAGUAGCAGCGGCAUCCACCGGCACUCAAUCGUCCAGCAAAGGACCCAUCAUCGGUGGAGUUGUCGGAGGUCUCAUCGCUCUGAUACCUGUCAUUCUGCUGUUGUGGUUCUGCAGACGACGGAGAAAGAGACAUGGAAAAUCGUAUACAUGCCAUCGACGGCGAUCUCCAUCUACCAAGUCCCUGCAUAACCGUGAAAUGGCCUCAGUAUCCAAGACAGAGCUGGCACAAUUGGAGACGGAUUCUACCAAGCUACAUAAUGAGUCCCACCACGGCAGCGAAACAGCCUCACCACCAAUCAACUCGACCACACAUUCCACCCUUUCAACUCCCGGUUCAACCACAGCGCUAAGCAGCCUUAGUGCUCCAACCGUCUCACCCGAUCCAUCAGAAUACUCAACUCUCAGCUCGGGUAUCCUGAGUACCUCAUCAGGCGGAUUCGCCCGACUCCCACCACUACGAAUGCCAAACCCACAACCACCCACCGAGAUGGAAGCAAGUAUACCUAAAAGCGAAUCGCAAACCGCCGCCGAACUCUCAGAUACAGGCUUCUACAGACAACGCGCCGAACUAGCAGCCCAUUCUCAGAGUGAACUCAUAAACGUGCCCCUCGAAAGGAGAAGACGGAAAAGUCCACUCAACCCGGGUUCUUCACCUUCAUCUUCUAGCGGCAGCGGUAGCAGCGAGUCUAGCCCCAGAUCUGCGGUUGACAAGAGCGGCAGUUCACCAGUGACAAGCCGACAUACAGCCCGCAGAGUGGUGACGAGAGAUGGAGUCGUUAUGGGCGCGAAUCUAGAUCGAUAUUCGACGAUCCGGGAUCCAGAGCGUGGUGAGGUGAAAGGAGGGAAGAAGAGUGAUGCUGGACAGGAACAUGUUAUGAGUUUUAUGACUUUUGGUGGGAGUGAGUUUGAGAUGGUGCAAAGGAGGGGUCUGGUAGCCCUAGACAGGGCAAUGGAGGGUCAGCUUCAGGAAGUAAUGAGAGAGAAGGUGGGAGUGUAUCAAGGGCGUCGCGAUCAGUCCCGCGGGUUGUUCUGGAGGAUUUUGGUGCUUCGUCGAUUGGUGAGGCUCCGCCUGCUUAUGAUGCUGGGGGUGUAG